CGCGAGAGAGAGAGUCGAUGCAUAAAAUAAUACUGUCAUCAGAUGAUGUGAAUGUCGCUCAAAAAACAAGUUAAAAUGGCAGCAUGUGGUUACAGAUUGAUGGGCACUCUCAUAGGUGCUUGCAGACGUUCAUCUGUAAUAAUGCAUAACAGGACUCAAGCAUUGAAGUGUGCCCCAACCACUGGAUCUAAGACUCAGCUAAUGUCAACAGGAGCAGAAGCACAAGAAUCAACUCAACCUGAGCUCAAACUGAGUGAUAGCUGUGUUAAGCAACUGCACAAACUCGGAGAGGACAAAGAGUUUCUUAGGAUUCUUGUUGAAGGAGGAGGAUGUUCAGGCUUCCAAUACAAGUUUGAAAUGGAUUCAGAGAUGACAGACGAUGAUAGGGUGUUUGAGAGAGACGGUGCUAAGGUGGUAGUGGAUGAUGUAUCCCUGGAGUACAUCAAGGGUUCAACGAUAGACUACCACGAGGAGCUCAUCAGGUCAGCGUUCAGUGUCAUUGAUAACCCUGGAGCAGAGAUGGGUUGUUCCUGUGGUGCGUCGUUCUCUUUCAAACUCUGACAUUCUGAAAGUAAGCCAAGAUAAAAACUGUUAUAAGACCUUCAGUGUUAGCAUGACGUCUUCAAGAAUUUAUUUUCAAGCUAUAUAUAUAUUGGAUGUUAUCAGCUCAGAUUUUACAUGUGUGCAUAAAGACGAGAAUAAGGACAAUGGCUUCUUGUUUAGCACCAGUAAUCUCCUCUGCCUGGCGUUCCAGAAACUUGCUCCAAAAUUGUCUCACGCAUAUUAUAUAUUCAGCAUCGAUGAUUAACUCCUGGGUAAGAAACUUGAUUUGAUCUGCAGUGAGUUACAAUAUAGAGCUCCUAAAUAAAAGCAAAAGAUGACCGACAAUAAGUUCUAACUUAACUAUCUGUCAUUAUUAUAGGAGCUGCAGAGGACUUAAUAUGAUCUGUAUAAUACGAUCACUACAGGUGGUUAAACAUCAAGUUAUGCUAUCCUUCAGAACUUGAGACCCCCUUGCUCUAACUCUAAUACAAAGCCAUGUACUCACAUAAAGUGUUGAAAAUUUACAUUCAUGCAUCUUGCCUACAAAGGUUCAAAGCACAAAGUACUUGUAUGUAGACUAGAAGCACAUCUUUUUCUGUUAUUAUUUAAGGUCAGAUAUGAUUAUAUAACAAAAUGUAAGUUUCAUUAAAUUCAUCGAUCCAAAGUCUUACUCCUAACUUCUUGAUUUUCAAGCUACAAUAUAUGAUAUUCGAUUCCAAUUGUUCGGUGUUAACUUUAUAUAAGGAUCAUCAUCAUAUUCAUUAUAUUUCCAGUAUUUCAUAAUAUUUGUGGUUUACAAUUACCCGCAUACCAAGCUUGAUUUUGGGAUAAACUCAUGAGUAAUAUCGACAUAUCUACACAUAUGCUGUAUAAUAAUGCUGUACCCAACUAGUUUCAUAUUGUUUUGUUGAACUUACAAAUGUAUAAGUAACCAGAUAAGUUUGCCAAGGCCAGUAGGUGUAAAGUGUGGAAUUUCAUAUCAGCCUUGUUAUGACACACAAGUCGCAUGAUAUUAUUAAAAUGACAAGAAUUUAUUGUGAAUUAUAUCACAAAGCAAACUUUGGAAGUUGAGGUUAUAAAAUGUUCACCACCAAUUUGGAAACUGCAAUAUUAUAUGCAAAAGUUAUGAGGCUUUACUCCCAUUGUUAGAAUGCAAUUUUAUUAUAAUGGGAUGAUAAGCCAAGAUGAAACAACUGGCACAUCCAUCUAGAUAUGCCAGUUAUUUUAAAGUGCAUGUAGUAUUCUUUUUUAGAAGAACAUCUUCAAUUGAUGUUGCUUGUUAAUCUCAAUAAUAAUAUCUAUUUCAUUUAGUUUCUAAAUUGCAAAGUAACAUUACUUCAGUUAUGAAAGGUACUAUCUUACAUUUAAAUUGAACAGAGCAAUUUAAUUCAAAACUCAGAUGUGUAACAUGCAGGUGUCAUGUGCAACGGGGAAACAAAUACCAAGUAAAAUAUUUCAACUAAACAAGUACAAUGAAUUUUUGUGCAAUUUAGUUUAAAACUUUACAGAUACUUCAAGGUUAACAAAAUCAAAUUAAACGUUUAAAUAUAUUCCAAAUAUCCAAAUAUAUUACCAAUUUAAAUCAUAAUCUAUAUGCACUUCUCAUGGAAAUUUCAUCUUGGGGUAUUGAGAUUCAAAGACAUACAUGUAUGAAAUGCAUAUUGUAGGGAAGAUUAAUAUACUUGUUGUAAGUGAAUAAUAAUAUUUCCAAAAUGGAAAGUUAAUGCAUGACACAAUUUGUGAUUGAGCAGUUAAAGUCAGCUGUUGCAAU